AUGGCCGCAAAACGCGAAGAAAUUCGGCAAAAGGUCAAUGACUUACUCACUAGCACAGGGGAGCGCGAGAAAAUAAGGGACUUGAUUGAGGAGCAGCUGAAGAAAAGUGGCUGGAAUGACAAAGUGAAGAUGCACUGCAAAGAGUUCAUCAAGUCCAAAGGCGUGGACAAUGUCUCCGUGGACGACGUAGUCAUGGGUGUUUCGGCGGCUGCGCGGUCCACUGUCCCAAAGGAAGUAAAAGCAGCGACAUUGGAACGACUGAAACAAUUCAUGCAGAAGAACAACAUUGAAAUCUAG